AUGAGGGUGUUCCCCGAUGUUGUGAUCUACACUGUGUUGAUUGAAGGUGAUUGUUUGCGUGGAGAAGUGGAUGAGGCAAGGAAGAUGACGAGUAGGAAGCAAUUGAAUGGGUUGAAAGACAAUGUUGCCACAAAUACUAGCUUGUUGAAGGGAAUGUGUAUUAAGGGAAAGUCUGAUGAGACUAUUCAGCAAUUGAGGGAAAUGGUUAGUGGCGGGAUGAAGUCCAAUGUGAAAGCAUAUGGGAUUGUAGGACCAAGAAAGAAGAUACUUUUAGCAUUGGAGUCGAAAGUCUAA